AAUAAAAACCAGAGGAACCUAAACAGGAAGUGGUGGCUCAUGUCUGCAGUAAUAUGUGCUGAUGGGAGAGAUGGAAGACACAGAGUUUGAUGAUGUUUUAGAUGACUGGUUUAUCGAGUCCCUGAAAACGUACAAAGACCUUCAUGUGUAUCAGCUUGAACAUCCCACCCAAGUCCUGGAGUGGACGUCAGGGAGGACUGUCUGUGUUGCAGGCUACAGUUCUCCAAAAAAUGAAAUUUUGGAGCUUCGUUUACCAAUGAAACUUCUUGCUGAUGAAAAUAAGGGUCUCUGUGCAGAACGGGAUUUCAAAGUUUCCCAUGGUGGCUUCACAGAUGGCCCUGUUUGCUGCCUCACACACAUCCCUGGAACAAGGUGUGCUGUGACCAACGAUGGGCUGAGCUCCGACCUGCAGGUGUGGGACCUUGGAGGAGAUGAGAGUGAUGUGAGCAGGAGAACAGGAAGUGUUACGGGGAAAAGGAGUACGUCAGAGAGAGGCAGCAGGAUCGCAGCUCAACCCUCAUCAACACCACAAGUUCUUCAUGGAGCUCAGGUCAAUGACACACUGACUGAACUCACAUCAGGACAGACUCUUUAUAAACUAGAGACCGACUCCGCAGAUCUGCUGAGUUCCUUACAGUUUGUGAGUGACUCGGUGUUCCUCGCUGGCUGCUGUAAUGGAAAUGUUUAUGUUGCCGAUACCCGGAUGUCUGCUGCUCCUCAGCUUUCACCUUCACCAUCUUCGAACAAGUCUGUCAUGUGGUGGACAGAUGGUUCUGCACAUCCACAUCUGUCCAGCUGCAGGGUCAUCAGAGUCUCCUCCUCUGGGCAGGCGGUGGUUUCAGACUUGAGGAAUCUGGGAGGGGUGAAGUGUCGGGCUCAGCUAGACAUCCAAACACCAGGCCGCUGCAGCCAGGUUGAUGUCCAAGUGUUGUGGGCUCCAGCAUUGGAUGAUUGCAUCUCAGUUUCAGGUUUCAGUGGAGUUGUUCAGCUCUACAACACCAGUGUCUGGAGGGCGGAGCUGCAGGAGGCUCAGCCGCUGUUUGAGCAUCGCGGCCACGUCGUUUCUUCACCGCAGACUGAGGACAGUGUCCCCGUCUUUGUCACAUCCCACGUGUGGCAUCCGCCGCGGAUGCUGCUGUCUGCAGCCUCAGAUGGCUCCGUCCACGUAUGGGACUGGGUGGACCCGGAUCGACUGGGUGGCAGCCCGCCCCCAGAAGCAAAGUGAAUUAGUGAGGUACUGCUUCACACACUGAUGUGGAUCAGUUAAAAAAAUAAAUUCAUUAAAAAAAAGGGUUCAGAGACUUAAACUAUUCCGUAGGGAUGCCAGUACUGCUCGCCCUUUUCACGAUCAAGCUGGAAUAUCAUUAAAGAAACACUUCAGAAGAAACAUAAACAGAUGAAAAUAUGAAACCUGUUCCACUAAAAUCAAACUGAUCGUUGCCUUUACGUUAGAGAAAAACUGCUGUUAGAAUGAAGUCACAGCUGUUCUGGUGACAACUCUCAUUUAAAAACACAUUAAAGCAUAUGUCUGUCAGUUUUUAUUACACAUCAUAUUUGUAUUGCAGUUUUUAUGAACUAAUAAACUGUCUGCAUCUUGGAUGGCAGGGUAGCAUAAGCAUAAGGAUCAGUUGACUUAAAACGCAAAGCAUUAGUGCUGGCAUGCAGGGAAGCAAGGAUGGUGUUAGAGCUACUGUGUACACAUCUUUUCACAGCCUUCAGCAGUAUGUGACUCAGUGACUACAAACCAUGAAAUAUGUUUUCAUUAUUUUACUAUAUAAAUGCUGUAAAAGUGGCAUUUUGUUUACUUAUCAGAGCAGAUCUGUCUCUGGGCUGUGAUUAAAGCCCCUGUAACUCUGGUACUGAGCUGUAGGACCCCUGCAUUUUAUAGACACUUAGAGCCCAGCACAUGAAUGCUGCAGGCUGCCAGUAGAUCUCAAGAUGAACAACUCAAAUAGGCAGUUUAAUGCUUUCUGCAUAGAAAUGACUAAAAGCUGGCACUGACUCAGGACCAAACUGUUAAUAUGCACAAUAAAAGACAAAGAAUUUUUAAAUCUAAUCAGUAACCAUAGACCUCUUUUUCUCAUGAAGCGUGGUGUCCCUUUUGAUUCAGUCCUCAUUUAGGUUUGAUGAUUUUUCAGUUCGAUCAUUUCACAUUUUAGUGAACUGGCCCCUGUAACCCCAGGUGGAGACUAUUUCCUCUGCUGAAACGUGUUUCACUUCUCUUGUGCGUUUUGUGUUGCUUAGCUAUCGCAGCUAAAGGCUGAGGUUCCCUGGAAAAUAAUUUUUUUUAUAAAGAACUCCAGAAUCUGAAAACAUCUGUUGCGAGACGCCACAUCUGUGAUGCAGCGAUGCAGCGAUAUCAGUGAGUGAGAAAAAGAGUGAGGACAGUUCAGCACAGAUGCAGCCAGAGUUUACUUGAGUGAAGCGACUACAGCUCAGGUCGGGAGAGUUUUUCAGAGUUUUUCUCGACUUAUGUUUGUUUCAGUUUGUAGAAACGUUGCCAUCGAUGCCCAUGUCAUUUAGUUUAUUUUUUCAGGUUUAAUGUGUCUUGUUCAGAAUAAAGGUCACUUCGU